CUGGCAGGAGCCCACAGCUUCAGAUCCAGCAACACCGACAAUGACGCGUGUGGGAGAUGGUCGGAAGACGAAGUCUCUGCCAUAAAACGGAUCUGUGAGGCGAGCGGCGCCCGCAGCGGACUCGCUGGGACACUUUCCGCUUCACGGACUGAGCUUUUACCGCCGCGUCGCUUCAGCGCGAACGGGCAGAGAAGCUGAAAACCGUUUCGCAAGCUGUUUUUCAUGCAGCCUGCAGGGCGCAUGAAGUCUGGGAUAUAUUUUUCCACCCCGCUCAGCUCGUCCGGCGACCUCGCAAUGUGUGCACUGCUGGUUUUUAUCUGAAAGAGGUGCGUUGCUUUAUCUCUGACUGAAGUGUGCCUCUUUUAAGCUUUAUCCGUUUUUUGCCUGCAAGAUGUUUUGAGCGCCAAGGGGGGCUGAGAGCGGCUGGUGUCGUCGGGGGGGUGUUUCUUCACUGCGCAGACAAGCGGCGGGUCGUCUCUGCGCUGCCGCGCGUCGCGUCUGAUCCACAGCAGACAGUUGAGGAGGCAGGCAGGCGGAGAGGGCUGUGGCGUGGAAAUCUGGACACAUAGGGCGUGAAAAUGACGAUGUCCGUCCCGGAGAGGAAAUCAGGAUCGGAGGGGAAGGAAGAGGAGAGCGAGGAUGAGAGUGAAAUCCUGGAGGAGAGCCCGUGCGGCCGCUGGCAGAAGCGAAAAGAGCAGGUGAGUCAAGGUAAUGUCCCAGGUGUGGAAAGUGCCUCGCUGGCCAUGGACACAGAGGAGGGCGUGGAGGUGGUGUGGAACGAGGUGCUCUUCUCUGACAAGAAGGUCUUCAAAGCACAAGAGGAGAAGAUCAAGGAAAUGUUUGAGAACCUGAUGCAGGUCGAACACCCCAACAUCGUCAAGUUCCACAAAUACUGGCUGGACAUGAAGGAGAGUCAGGCGCGGGUUAUCUUCAUCACAGAAUACAUGUCAUCGGGCAGCCUUAAGCAAUUUCUGAAGAAAACGAAGAAGAACCACAAGACCAUGAAUGUGAAGGCCUGGAAGAGAUGGUGCACCCAGAUUCUCUCUGCCCUCAGUUAUCUGCACUCUUGUGACCCACCGAUAAUCCACGGCAACCUGACGUGCGACACCAUCUUCAUUCAGCACAACGGCCUCAUCAAGAUCGGCUCAGUGUGGCAUCGGCUAUUUGUUAAUGUGUUUCCAGAUGCCAGCGUCCAUGGGAAAGGGAGGCAACAUCGUGAUGAGCAGAGGAAUCUUCAUUUUUUUGCUCCAGAAUAUGGAGCUGGCGAAGAUGAUUAUGGCAUAGACAUUUUCUCCUUUGGCAUCUGUGCUCUAGAGAUGGCAGUACUGGAGAUCCAGGCCAAUGGAGAUACUGCUGUGUCCAAGGAGGCCAUCGUCAAUGCAGGUCAAUCUCUGGAAGACCCUCUCAUGAGAGAGUUCACCCAGUCGUGUUUGUGUCACGAAGCCAAGCUCCGUCCUACGGCUCACGACCUUCUGUUCCACCGAGUCCUGUUCGAGGUCCACUCCCUCAAACUGCUCGCCGCCCACUGCCUCAUCAACAACCAGUACUUGCUUCCAGAAAACUGUGUGGAAGAGAAAACCAAGUCCUUUGACCCCAACGCUGUCAUGGCCGAGAUCAAACAUGAGGACAGACAGGGAGUUCAGCUCAAAUAUUCCCAUGUGUCCCCUUUGGAGCUUGACAAGUUUCUGGAGGAUGUCAAGAACGGGAUUUACCCCUUGAUGAACUUCGCCUCGUCCCGGCCUCAUCCCGUCCCCCGAGCACUCUCUUUGUCGCAGGAGCAGGUUGAGACGGUCAAGACGCCGACUCCUGAACCCCAGGAGACAGAAACCCGGAAGGUUGUUCAGAUGCACUGUAAUUUGGAGUCAAAUGAAGAAGGGACCAAAACUCAUCUCUCUUUGUUUCUGAAGAUGGAAGACAAACUUCACAGGCAGCUUAGCUGUGACAUCCUUCCAACUGACACCUCCAAAGACCUUGCCAGUGAACUUGUUCACUACGCCUUCAUAAAUGAGGAGGACAGUGAGAAGGUAGCAGGAUUCCUGGAGGAUGCCAUCAGCCGACACCGGGUCCGAGCGCUCGCCUCUGGGAGCACGCAGUGAGGGAGGGGUCACGACAGCGGCUGGCCCAGGGGCCCGGGCGUUGACCUCACGGAUCAAGAAAGGGAGAGGGCAGGAUCACACAGCCAGGAACUGAGAGAGUGUUGGGAGCUGACCCAGUUGGGGAUAAAAAGGGGACAAAUACAGAAAGAAGCUGGGCCUUGACAGUCAGUAAAUCAUCCCAGAGAGAAGGAGGGAACGCCAGCACUGAAAGAGGAACCAAAGGCACCUCUGCUGGAGGGCCAGAGGCAUCAUGGCUGUGUUCAGCAAUCCCACAAAGCAGUUGAACAUUGACAAACUCCCUGCCUAAAAGGGCUAUCAUGCCUUAAGAUAUCUUGACAGCUUAGGUUUUUCCAUAAUGCCACUAUUCAGAACGGAUAUGUUUUAUUUACAAAUGCAGCAGCUAUGUAUUCAGAAGGACGUUAUAUUGCUCAUAAGCCUUGUUUGCACUCCAGUGUCCACUUUGAUUGGUGAUUGUUUACUUUGAGUUGUAAACAAAGUAAUUUACUAAAACCUCCCUCCUUCCCAAGCCAGAACCUUCAGUUUAUUACCGUUUUAGGAAUUUAAUAUUCCGUCCAACAUACACUGUCAAUAGUCAUUCAGUUGACUUAUUUAUUUUUGUUUAACUGUGAACAAUAGAAGCUUUGCACAAGCCUGUUUUUUUUUUUUUUUUUUUUUACUUUUUAUGACGUCAAAAAUUAACACACCUCACUGCACUCUUGGGUUAAAGGCUACUUCUCCCAGAGCUAAACACACCAUGCCUACACGCAGUGACAAGCAAUGAGAUGAUGCCUCUCUUUUAGCCUGUAGUGCUCUUAAGGGUUUUCCCUGUGAAAGUGUUCCGAAAGCCAAAGACUUGCAAAGUGCCUGAUAUGGCAAUGUACUUUGGACAAAAUCUCUUAAUUAAACGGCAUCAUACCCAACUUAGUAAUUUGUAAUUGACCUUGUUCAGGCUGAGUUUUACAGUUUUGAAACAAGAUGCAGUGAUUCUGGUGAGUUCCCACCUCUCACCACGAAUCCACAUAGUCAGCCUGUGUGAAUGUGAAGAUGAAGUUAACAGCCAGUGAUGGCAGCUUCAUCAAGAGCUGCAGCUGUUUUAAAUUGGACAUAAGGAUAAUGCGAUAAUGCUCUCCGCUGCAGUCAAUAUUACUUUGGAAAGGGCUGCAGCCUGUGUACAAAAAUUGGAAUUCAUGAUUUGAUGCUUGUAAAAUAAAAUCACACUCCUAUAUAAGUUGGAAGAAGGGUGUUGGUGACUUAACACUUGUUAUAAAAAUUGCCAUAUUGUUGAUAAAUAUAUACUUAUUUCUACGGUACUUCCCAAACCUUCUGAAGAUGUUUUUGAACAGCAAAUUUGUUUUGCAGAUGUCUCCAGAGGUGUUUUAAAGGAAAAAUCUACCCAAAAAUCUUUCAAUUUGGUUUUCGUAAUCAAUAAAAAUUCUAACCUAUGAGUUUUCCCAUGGCCUGCAGGUGAUAAAAAAUAUCUGACAGAAGAGUGGAAUAUUUUGCUUUGAACACUUCAUUUCCCAGUAUUACGUCCACUGUAGUUUUGUCAGACAAUAUCAGCCUGAACUUUUGGAAAUGAUUGCACUGCAGCCCACACAAACACAAAAAUAGAAUACAUGCCUGUGCCAGAUUUUCUGUCAAGAACCCAGUCUUGGCACGUAAGUGAUCACCAUUUGGGUGGAUUUUUCCUUAACAAAACAGCAAAAAACAAUGGUGAAUUGUCUGAUCGGGCUUCAGCCGUAUACUCUUGUUUGUCAGACUCACUUAGCUCUGCUUCAUUUGUUUCCCGGGGUCUGUAAGGUCGCGAUUUCAUAACAGUUACACUGCUGUACAGUCAUUGCUUACAGUACUUAUUCUACUCUGUGUCAAGUCUUCUUUAUCAGUGUGUGUCUCUGGAGUCCCAGACAUUCACCCACCAGAGGCUGUGGUGUACAUAUUUGUUUGUGGCUAUUAAAGGGGUUUACUUUUAGGCAAAAUGUCAAUGCAAAGCAGUGCCACUAUUGCUCUCAUCCGAUCUAAUAAGCUGCAUGUCUUAAUAGCCUGCAACCAUUCAGAACUUUGCAUUUUGCCUUUGUCAGUCACCGUUCAGUUCCAAAAGGGACGUGACCAAGAAAAUGAAUGUUUAGACUGCAAACAUGAAAACAAAACAUCCAUAUCAGUCUUAUUUUAUGUCGAAUGACUUUUCUUCCCGUGAAUCUGUUGAAUGAAACUUGCCUUUGAAUGUGUUCUACUUAAAACCUUUGUUAAAUAUUGUAGCUACUGCAAUUAAAUACAUGACAAUAAAAUAUG